AGCUGGAUGCAGAAGGAGGAGUUACAAUGUAACUGACUAGAGGGAAUUCGCAGGUUCUGUCUGCUGGUGCUGCCAGUAGAAGCGACGGAUGGAGAGCGGGGAGCAAGUUGGCAGUGCCGGAGUUUCCAAGUGGGACAUCCGGCAUAAAAUUUGGGAUUACAUGGAAGCAAAUAACUUGGCUGAUUUCCCAAGACCUGUUCAUCACCGGAUCCCCAAUUUCAAGGGAUCUUUCCAGAUGAAUGGCUCCAUCCAAGCAUGCGAUGUGUUUGAUAUAGCUGGGGAAGUGAAAGUAGAUCCCGACAAACCCCUAGAAGGGAUCCGGCUGGCUGUGCUUCAGGCCAGGAAAACGCUGCUGGUGCCCACCCCUCGGCUGAGAACAGGGCUGUUCAACAGGAUCAUCCCUCCCCCUGGAGCAACUAAAGAGAUCCUAAGAAAAUGCGCCACUUCUCAAGGUGUUAGGGAUUACAGCGUACCUGUAGGGUUAGAUGCGAAGGUGCACGUGGAUCUGGUUGUGGUAGGAUCAGUGGCUGUUUCUGAGAAAGGCUGGCGGAUUGGGAAAGGCGAAGGCUUUGCAGACAUGGAGUAUGCCAUGAUGGCCUCCAUGGGAGCCGUAAAGGAGGAUACAAUCAUCGUCACAGCUGUUCACGACUGCCAGGUGGUGGACAUACCAGAAGAACUGCUAGGUGACCAUGAUCUAACUGUGGAUUACAUCCUUACGCCAACAAGAGCUAUCAAGACGGGGUGCAAGCGCCCGAAACCUCGAGGGAUCCUCUGGCAUGAGAUCAGUCAUGAAACGCUUAUAAAAAUCCCCAUUCUCAAGAGCCUUCGCUACAGAGAGAAACAGGAAGGCAAGGACGUCAUCCUCAAAGAUGAACAGCCAGAUGUUCCAGUUGCUGACAAGCCAGCAGCAAGAGUAGCCAGGAAGAGUAGGCUGGAAAGUCCUGGGUUGCAGGGCGAGACUAGCCUGACCCCAGCGAGCCCAGGGAAUGAAUCUUUAGUGGGGAAAUCAGACCGACCUGAUGCACCUGCCACUGUGUAUGUGGGUAACAUUGCUCAGGGAACCAGAGUGAGCGAGCUAAAGGAUGCCCUCAGAGAGCACCGCGCAUCUCCCACGCGGCUCACCUGGCACGGCGCACAACACCAAGCGUUUCUCAGUUACGACAACAAAUCUGCAGCCGAUGAUGCCGUCGCGGCUCUGCAAGGCUUAAGCCUCCGAGGUAGCCCCCUGCGAGUUGAACUGGCCAGGAACCAGUGCAGUAGAAGGGCACACAGACCCCGCUAGGUGGAGGAAGGAAUAGGACAGCUGCCAGUGUAGCAACCAAGCAGAGUAGUGCAGCCACCGGGUUCCCAGUGCUUGGCAAAAUCACUUGUCCUUAGUCUGUUCCUACAGAGGAACAGUCACUCUGUGAAGGCUGAGACUCUAGAACAGAUUUGCUGUCAUGUCUCCAACCUACACUACCCAGAGACUGGUCUACACGGUCAAGCAAUAGGGAUGCUGUUUCUGAAUGCUUCCCCUCAAGUGGAAAGCUAGCACAUCAAGAAGAAUGGUUCUAACUCAGCCCUAUCUGAUUAUUUUUCUACUUGCAUGGUUGUGUUUUUUGAGGGGAGGCAUGUUAGGGGUGUCUCGGGGGGGGGGGGUUACCUAAUGAAGCACUGAAGAAUGUGACCCCUUAUCACCACCACCUGAAGUGGACCAUGGCUUCUACCAUCUCAUGACUCUUAACACCACAUUCUGCUGCACAUGUGUAAACCAGCCCUGGGUUGAAACUGCUUCACCGAUCCACUGUAAACAUACCUUAUGGGAAACCAGUUUGCCACUCUUGUGGCAAACUGGUUUCUUGUUUGGCCAUACAAUGGCUUGGAAAAUCAGGAGCAUGAGCAGCUCUUAAGUUAAUCUUGCAGUUGUUGCCUUUAUAUCCUUUACUAGAUGUCAGUCUUUCUGAUUCUCAGUGUUUUGUGUACAAGAAGGGUUUCUCUUUAGGAAAGCAUUGACGUGAAGUGUACAUUUUGGACACGCGUGCAUGCCCAAAUGCUUUGGCAAAAUCAAGCCAAAUACAUUGUUUUGAUUGUGCAAAGUCGAAACCAAGAAUUUGUCGAAACCAAGAAUUUAGGAAACAAAGAAAUAUGUAUUUCUUUGUCCCCCCUCUCCCCACCAAAAAACGAGUUGGAUUAUGGCUGAACUUCAUUCUAAACAGAAGCACUUUUACAGCUGAUCUCAAAAUAAGCACUGAAAUGUUCUCUUGCAUUAAAAAACAACAACCCAAGAGCUGGAAAUAUUUUUCGUAGCUCCAGGGUGUACUACUAAGUAUAUUUUAAGCACAUUAUGUUGCCCCAAGAGAGGCUGGCCUUUCACAA